CCGCUCCCGGCCUGGUGGGGGCUGCUCCGGGGGCUGCUUCUCGCCGCGCUGGCAGCGGGCUCCUGCCAGGGGAACUCUGUGGAGAGGAAGAUCUACAUCCCCCUGAACAAAACGGCGCCGUGCGUUCGCCUCCUGAACGCCACCCACCAGAUCGGCUGCCAGUCCUCCAUCAGCGGAGACACGGGGGUGAUCCAUGUGGUUGAGAAGGAGGAGGAUCUGAACUGGGUGCUUGCUGAUGGCCCACACCCACCCUACAUGAUACUGCUGGAUGGGAACCUCUUCAACAGGAGGGUAAUGCUGCAGCUGAAGGGCACCUCACGGGUGUCAGGCCUUGCUGUGGCCAUUGCCAAGCCCAGCCCUCCCCAGGGAUUCUCUCCUGGUUUGAAGUGCCCCAAUGAUGGGUUUGGUGUCUAUUCCAAAGAUUACGGCCCUCAGUUUGCACACUGCAAUAACACUGUGUGGAAUCCCCUGGGCAGUGGACUUUCGUAUGAGGAUUUUGACUUCCCUAUUUUUCUUCUUGAAGAUGCCAACGAGACUCAAGUUAUUAAGCAGUGUUAUCAAGACCAUAACGUCCCUCGGGAUGGAUCUGGCCCUGAGUACCCUCUCUGUGCCAUGCAGCUUUUUUCCCACAUGCACGCUGUCACCAGCACCGUGACCUGCAUGAGACGCAGCUCCCUCCAAAGCACCUUCAGCAUUAAUCCAGAGGUUGUAUGUGAUCCUCUUCUUGAUUACAACGUGUGGAGCACCUUGCAACCUAUUAAUUCCUCUGGAAAAGUCGAUGCUGAGAAGGAAGUUAUUAUUGUCGCUACACGAAUUGACAGCCAUUCCUUCUUCUGGAACAUUGCACCUGGGGCAGAGAGCGCUGUCUCUUCUUUUGUGACCCACUUGGCUGCUGCUGAAGCCCUUCAUAAAGCAUCAGAUGUUCAUUUGCUGCAAAGGAAUAUAAUGUUCACCUUCUUCCAAGGGGAGACCUUUGAUUACAUUGGCAGCUCACGCAUGGUGUAUGAUAUGGAAAAAGACAAGUUUCCUCUCCGCUUGGACAACAUUCAUUCAUUUGUGGAGAUGAAUCAGGUGGCUCUAAGGAAUGCCUCAGUUCUGUGGAUGCACACAGACCCCGUCUCUCGGCUGAAUAAAUCUGUUGAAGUGCAGGUUAGAAUAUUGCUAGAUAUUCUGAGUAAUAGCAGCGUGGGAGCGAACGUGACUUUGCAGGAGGCUGGAUAUUCACAGCCUCUUCCCCCAUCGUCCUUCCAGCGCUUCCUUCGGGCCCGGCACAUCCCCGGGGUGGUGCUGACCGACCACAGGACUGCCUUCCAGAACAGAUACUACCAGAGCAUGUACGACACUCCCGAGAACAUCCAGAUGCAGUACCCCGAGGGACUCAGCCCUGAGGAGACCUUGGAGUAUGUCACAGACACGGCCAAGUCCCUGGCAGAAGUUGCCACAGUGGUCGCCCGUGCUCUCUACCGGCUUGCAGGGGGAGCCAACAACACCUCUGCUAUUCAGGCAGAUCCAAAAACGGUCUCUCGAAUGCUGUAUGGGUUUCUGAUUAAAAUGAACAAUUCCUGGUUUCAGUCCAUCAUUAAACCAGACAUAAAAGGAAUUCUGGGUGACGUUCCCCAACAUUACGUCGCUGUUUCCAGCCCUGUGAACACGACCUACCUUGUACAAUAUGUCCUGGCCAACCUUACGGGCACAGUUGUCAACCUCACCAAGGAAGAGUGCCUGAACCCUGAAAAAACACCCAGCAGCGAGAAAGAACUGUAUGAAUACGCCUGGGUGCAGGGUUCCCUGGAGCCAAACUCAACAGCACGAGUCCCCUACUGUGUCAGGUCAACUGUCCGCCUGAGCAAAGCCCUUUCUCCUGCCUUCGAGCUGCGGCAGUGGGGGUCUACGGAGUAUUCCACGUGGACGGAGAGUCGGUGGAAAGAGAUCCGUGCCCGGAUAUUUCUGGUAGCCAGCAAGGAGCUAGAGAUAAUCACGUUGGUUGUGGGCAUUGCCAUUCUGAUCUUCUCCCUCCUCACCACGUAUUUUAUCAACGCCAAAGCGGAUGUACUUUUUAGCAUCCCACGGGACCCUGGGGCUGUGGCUUACUGAAGAUGUUCUCGGGGCUUGAGGAGUCUUAGCCCUUGGAUUGCAGUUGUCAAAGAUAAAACUACACUGGAAUUGCCCCUCUCUCUGGAUAGGGACGUGGAUGGUUCUCCCCAGAGCUUCCGUGCUGGGUUCUGGGAACCAAACCCUGAAACCUGAGAGACUUUCCCAGAAAACCGUGCCGACCAAGCCCUAAGGAAACUGUGACGGAGAAAAGUUCCCAAAGCCUUUCUUUUUAAUUUGUCUUUCCUUCCGAGCAAGUUGAGAGGAUUGGUCCUGAGACGACAAUGUGAUGGAGGCGUUCCCUAAAUGAAGGCCGGGGUGGAAGGGGGGUAAAGGUGUUUUCUCUGGGAUGUACGUGGACCAGCAGAUUUCCGUGGUGUCCGACAGCACAGGCUGCCUGUUCGUGUCCGACAGUCGCUGUGAAUCUGUGUAUGCUACAGUGCAGGGAGGGCAAGUUGUGUUUAACAGAUGAUUAGGUGUAAAAUGUCCUUUUUUUAAUGGUGCAAUAUCUUCUGGGUUUUGUAUAUAUAUAAAUAGUUCUGUUUAAUUAAAAAAAAAAAAAAUCUCCACCUACAAAUUAACUCCUUGCCUGUUUUGUCUUAGUUGUUGCCAAAAGGACCAAAACCACUGGGUGUUGCAAUAUGUUUUGGUCUCAGGAGAAGCAGAGUUGGUCUGAUCUGUUUGGGGGGUUUUUUUGGGUUUUUUUUUACUCGUGUUGAAACUUUUGAGUUCUUUUUACAGCUGGACAAAAGAAAGAUGUUGUGCCCUCAGAUGGGACAGGGAGUUAACUCCCCUUGUUUAGACUCUAAGCUCUCCAAGGCAGGGGUGGCUCAUCACUCCAAGUGCUGCUUUGUAUGGUGGCACCUUGAUCCCGGUCGAUCCCCAGGCGCUGAUAUAAUAAAUGUGGUUUUUAAUGAGCGUAUUCACACGAUUUGUUUCCUUUGAUUGCUUAGUGCUCAGCCAGACUUGGGCUCUCGGGGCCAGCGGUUAUGACCAACCAGGCACUUGGAUAUUCCUGGUUUCUUUUGUAUGAAAAUGGACUUGUUCUUCAGCAGUCGUGAUCUGAAGGUGGGAUAGUGCUGUUGUCCAAAGCUCAAAAAUAUGUAGAGGAUUAAUUCCAGAAAUCAGAAUUUGCUAGCUCUAAAGCAGACUUUGCUUUCCCUUCUUUCAAUGACAGCGAUUUAAGUCUUUUUCUCAGCUGAGCAUCCACUCAUGAGUUUUGAAGUAAUUCAGACCUUGUACCACCCCGAGGGACACUUUUUCCACUUGCUAAUGCAUCCUGCUAUCAGGAAACUGCUCCUGAUACUUGGUGGAAUGUUUCUGUGCCUGAUUUAUUUUCAUUUCUCCUAGCAAUGCUGAAGAAACUUAUAUCUCAAUUUACAUGGAGAUAUCUUGUCUUUACAAUAAGGAUUUUCAUAGCCUCUAACUCCUAAUCUUUGGACUCGUUCCAACUUUGUCAGAACAAAAUCAGUUCCCCAGAAUUAUUCAAGUAGACUAUUUCUGUGCAUGAAGGUAUUUUGGGUGAGACGCAGGACCUCAAGGUAGCACGUGGUCUGGCAGAGAAUUGCGUAGAAUACGUUUCUUUCCUUCCCUAAGGUGAGUUUAUUAUUUAUAAUUUUUUACGUAUCAAAAUGCAAAUGCUCAAUCCGUGGUGGAGCAGUGCUGCAGUGAGAGAUGUUGGGAGCGGUGAUGGCUAAUCAG